AUGCAGAUCCCAGCACUCAAGACUGCUCUACAGGACACGGCAGCUGUUGAGUCGACUGAAAAACUAUCAACAGAGAGCACUGCUGUGCAGCAGGUGCCUACUCACGAGAGGCCUCUUGUGCUGGAUGUGGCAAGUGUACCAGUCAAGGCUGCUGCAGCACAGAGCGUAACCCAGGGUGUAACACAGGCUGUAACGCAGAGUGCAACGCAGAGUGUAACACAGGCUGUAACACAGAGUGCGACCCAGAGUGUAACACAGGCUGUAACACGGAGUGCAACCCAGGGUGUAACCCAGAGUGUUCCUGGCUGUGCUGAGCUGCCUGACGCUCAGCUGGACGCUCAAGUGACAGCUGGUAUUAACUCACUCGAGUUGCCCAGCGAUGCUGAGGUUCCCGAGUCAGCUCAAAUCUCUGCUGCUGCUGUGAAGGCAGAGACUGGAGUGGGUGCUGCUGCGGAUACUACUGACUCACCUGUUGCUGACGCACCAGCUGAUGCGGCCACUAGACGCGACUGCUUCGCCACGCUGGCGGCUGGCCAGCCACUCACGGACCGCCAGCUGGCGGGCCUUUUCCCGCCGCAGCUGGUGCGUCAGAAGGUCGAGGCGCUCAGGAGGAUCAGGCGGGCGGCAGAGGAGAGAGUGAGGGUGGGGAGGGAGAUGGUGAGAGAGGGGGAGUGGGGGAAGCUCGUGGAGGAAGGGGAGAGGGAGGAGAGUGAGAAAGUGGGAGAGAGGAUUGUGAAACUGGAAUCCUUGCUGGCGGUUGUGCAGGCGCCAGCUGUCAGGAGAUCAUUGGAGAUCCAGCUCAGGUGCCUGAAGCUUCGUGGGUUGCAGAGGAAGGUUCGUUUUGAGGUGCUAGCUGAGAAGAGGAUCGCUGACUGGGCUUCGGGCGGGGAGCUGACUGGUCGUUCGGUGAACGGGCAUGCUGACGUGGCAGAUGCUGACGUGGCACGUGCUGAGCUGGCCGAUGACGAAUCGGAUACAGUCAAAGUGGUAGAAGAUGUGGCAGUGGAAAGUGGGCGGGUGGGGAAGAAAUGGAGAGCAGUUGAAAGUGAGAGUGAGAUAGAGGUAUUGGGAGAGGGGGAUGAGAGUGAGAAAGUGGAUAAGGAGAGAGAGAAGCGAGUGAGAAAGGAGGAGGAAGAGAGAAUCAUGAAGGCCAACGUGGCACAUGGGCGGCACCAGCCGCUGCUGGACUGGAGCCUGCUGCGUCUGACGCAUGCUGACGUGGAACGCGUGAUGCUGAGGUGGCAGCUGCCACCUGGCAUGAAGCCAUCAGAGGAGGAUGUGGAGGCGUGGGAGGUGGAGGCUGAGGUGGAAGACUUAUGGGACGAGGAUUACUAUGAGGAGGGGUUAGGGUUUGAGAUAGAGGCAAGGAAGAGGGAUGCUGCAGCGGCGGCGGCGGCGGCUGCUCGGGCUGCUGGUGGUGGGGCUGGUGUUAAUGGAAUUGGUGCGGCUCGACGGGCCCGUCGGGCGGCAGACUCGGUAGAAUCCGCCGCCCGGUUCUUCGCUGACGUGGCGCAGGCGGGGCGCGACAUGUCAGCGGCCAGCCUGGCGGAGCAGCGGCGGCGGAAGCAGCGGAGCGACGGCGUGCUGACGUGGCACGCGCGUCAGAAGCAGCGGGCGUCGCGUGCUGAGCGAAUGCGAGUGCAGGCACUUAAAGCUGGGGAUCAGGAGGCGUAUUUCAAACUAGUGGAGGAGAGUAAGAACGAGAGGUUGCAUACUCUUUUAGGGAAAACGGAUGAGCUUUUACAGAGGCUGGGGGCGAUGGUUCAGAAACAGAAAGAUGCUGGUGGGGGUGGGGGUGGUGGUGGGGAGGGUGGUGUGGGAGGUGGUGUGGGGGGUGGAGGAGGGGUUGAUGUUGCUUUUGGGGGAGGUGAGGGGAGGGGAGCAGCAGAGGCGGAUGGGGGAGCAGGAGGGGAGGGAGGGGGGACAGGAGAGGGGCAAGAGGGGCCGCAGGAGGGGGCAGCAGGGCAGUCGAAGCGUGACUUAAUGGAGGGGCAGAGGCGGUAUGAUCGAGCAGUGCAUUCGAUAGAAGAGAAGGUGACGGAGCAGCCCUCGUUAUUGUCACCCGGGCGGCAGCUUCGGCAGUAUCAGAUGGAGGGGUUACAGUGGAUGGUCUCCCUUUAUAAUAACAAUUUAAAUGGCAUUUUGGCGGACGAAAUGGGGCUCGGGAAAACCAUACAAACGAUCGCUUUUAUCGCGUUUAUGGCGGAGAAAAAGGGCGAUUACGGCCCGCAUCUGGUGUUGGCUCCCAAGGCUGUGCUUCCGAACUGGGGAGUGGAGUUUGCGGCGUGGUUUCCCUCUUGCAGUGUGGUGAUGUAUGAUGGAAGGCAGGACGAGAGGAAGCUUCUGAGAGAGAAGUUUGGAGGGGCGCUUGCAGGGAGGAGAGGAGGAGGAGGGAGGAGGGGCGGGUGGAGGGGGGGAGGGCGAGGAGGGAGGGGAGGGAGAGGAGGGAGUGUGGUGGAUGAUGAUUGGGGGAGUGAGGAGUCUGGGGGAGGAGGGGGAGUGGGGGGAGGAGGGGGAGUGGGGGGAGUGGGGGGAGGAGGGGGAGGAGGGGGAGUGACUGGGCCAGAAGGGGAAGAGUAUAAGUUCAGUGUGCUUCUGACGCACUAUGACCUUAUUAUCAGGGAUAAGGCGUUCCUAAAAAAGAUUAAGUGGCACUAUGUGAUAGUAGACGAGGGUCACCGGCUUAAGAACCACGAGUCGGUACUUAGUAAAACGCUGGUGGCUGGUUACUCGAUCCGGAAAAGACUUUUGCUGACCGGGACGCCGAUUCAGAACAGCCUCGGGGAGCUCUGGGCACUGCUGAAUUUUCUUCUGCCCGCAAUUUUCAACUCGAGCGACAAUUUUGAGGACUGGUUCAAUGCGCCGUUUGCGGAUAAGUGCGAUGUGUCUCUGAACGAGGAGGAACAGCUGCUGGUCAUUCGGAGGCUGCACCAGGUCAUCCGUCCCUUUAUUCUCCGUCGAAAAAAAUCCGAAGUCGAGAAAUUCCUCCCACAGAAGCGCCAAGUGAUCCUCAAAUGCGACAUGUCCGCAUGGCAGCGCGAGUACUACUCCCAAAUCGUCUCCGCCGGCUGCGUCGGCCUAGACGACAGCGGGGGAGGAGGCAAAUCCAGAGCGCUUCAGAACACAGCCAUGCAGCUGCGCAAGUGCUGCAACCACCCGUACCUCUUUCUACUAGACGCACUCGACCAUCCCUACCAGCCGAAUUCCCCCAACGAGCGCGUUCGGGCAAGUGGAAAGUUUGAGCUGCUGGACCGGAUUCUGCCCAAGUUACAGGCCGGGGGGCACAGGAUUUUAAUGUUCUCUCAGAUGACUAAGGUGAUGGAUUUGUUAGAGGAUUACCUGCGAUCGGUCGGCAUGCUUUAUCUGCGUCUGGACGGCAUGACCAAAACAGACGAACGAGGCCGCCUUUUACAGCUGUACAACGCUCCGGAUUCGCCGUAUUUUAUCUUCCUGCUGAGCACGCGUGCGGGCGGCCUGGGGCUGAACCUGCAAACGGCCGAUACGGUGAUUUUAUUUGAUUCUGAUUGGAAUCCACAGAUGGAUCAGCAGGCAGAGGAUCGGGCGCACAGGAUUGGGCAGAAGCGGGAGGUUCGGGUGUUUGUGCUUGUGAGCGUGGGGUCUAUAGAGGAGGAGAUUUUAGAGAGGGCAAAAAGCAAGAUGGGGAUCGACGCGAAGGUGAUUCAAGCGGGCAUGUUCAAUACCACGUCGACGGCACAGGAGAGGAGAGAGCUAUUGGAGCAGAUUAUGAAGCGAGGGAAGAUUCCCGAUUUGGCUCUUGAUUUGCCGGAUGAGAGUGAGACGAAUCGGUUGAUUUCGAGAUCGGAGGAGGAGUUUGAGAUGUUUGAGCGGAUGGAUGAGAUGCGGAGGCGGCAGUUUGGGGCGGCGCGGCUUGGACUGAUGGAAAAGGACGAGGUGCCGGAGUGGGUGUUUUUCAAGGGGGGGGAGGGAGGGGAGGGUGGGGAGGGGGCUGUGGGGGAGGAUGGGGUGGGGGUGGAGAUGGGGAGGAGGAAGAGGAAGCAGGUGGUUUAUACGGAUGCGCUGAGUGAGUCGCAGUGGCUUCAGGUGAUUGAGCAGGGGAGGGACGCCCAGGAGAUUUUAACAGAGAAGGCUGAGAGGUUGAUGCAGAGGAGGGAGAGGAAGAGACUGAAAGUGGAGAGGAGGGAAGGGGAAGAAGGGAGAGGAGGUGGAGAGGAGGAAGGGGUGGAAGUGUUAGGGGUGGAUGAGAGUGAGAGAGAGGAGAGUGUGGAUGUGGGUGGGGAGGGAGGGGUGGGGGUUGGAGAGGGGGUGGUGGAGGGGGGGAGGGGAAGGGGAAGGGGUGGGAGGGGGAGAGGGGGUGGUAGGAGGGGAAGGGGGAGAGGAGGGGCGGGGAGGGCAGGAGGGGGGCGGGGGAGAGGGAGGGGGAGGGGGAGGGGGAGAGGCAGGGGGAGGGGGGCAAAGGUUGCAGACAUUGCAGUUAUUGGCAUUCAAGGGGAUGGGGAAGCAGAGGGGACGGAAGAAGGUCGAGGGGGAGGAGUGGGCGGAGCAAUAGGGGGAGGAGUUGGGGGAGGGGAGGGGAGCGAUGGGGAGGGGGGAAGUGGGGGAAUACCUUUUGCAGAAGCGAAGGUGAAGAGGAGGAGAGUGAGGAGGAGAAUUACAGGGGUGAUGGCAGGAGGGGAGGCAGAGAGAGGAGAGGGGAGGAGGGAAGGAGGAUGGGGAGGAGCAGAGAGGGGAAGUGGGGGUGGGCAGGGCUAUGCUGUUUUUUCUGCUGGGGUGAGUGGUGGUGGUGGUGCUGGUGCUGCUGCUGGUUACAGUGGUGGUAGUGGUGAUGGUGGUGGUGUUGUUGCUGGCGCUGGCUAUAGCGAUGGUGGUGGUAGUGGUGGUGGUGGUGAUGAUGAUGGGGAUGAUAGUGAUGGUACUGGUGCUGGUGGUGACUAUUCCGAUCGUGACUUCAGAGAGGGCAGCGGCGGCCGUUUUGGGCACAGCAGUGGAGGGUUUGGUGCUGCAGGGGCAAGAGGAGGAGGAAGAGGAGUAGGAGGAGGUUACUACAACGAGGGGAGAGGAGGUGACUAUAACGAGGGGGAGGGAGGAUUCAUGGAUGCUCACGAGGGGAAUGAAGAGAGCGAUGAAAUGGAGGGGCUAUGGGAAGAAGAGUAG